AUGUCUACUUCCUGUAUCGUGUCGAUAGUGAUCUACUUCUUCCUCAAUCUCCUGGUCACGAUCACUAGCAAGCAACUUGUGACGUCCACCUCGCGCCCAUACUUGCUGACUGCGUCCCAUGCCUUUACGACGUUCAUCGCUACAACCGCGUUAUCAAGUCUGCGUUCACUGGUGUCAUCUACUCCCACGGCCGACCCACUGAACUCACCACCACCUCCUCCUCAUGAUGACGAGUCACGGCUGUCAAUCCGUACACAUGCCAUCCUCCUGGCAUUUUCGCUGUUGUACACUGUCAAUAUUGGCAUCUCAAACCUGACACUCGGUCUGGUUAGUCUCGCUACGCAUCAAACCAUUCGAGCAUCGGCGCCGGCCAUCACUGUGCUCUUGACCAUCAUCGUCCUCAAAAGGCCACUGUCUUCCUAUCCCGCCGCGAUUUACUUGUCACUCAUACCGACCAUCUUUGGUGUCGCUCUGGCUACGAUACCAUCGGCCCCUACGUCUGCGUCUGCCACCUAUCCUGAUGAUGACGACAAGGGGGUGAACACGGGCUUUGGUAUCGCAUUGACGUUCGUCAGUGCCGUCCUAGCUGUGGUCAAGACCAUGAUCACGCACCAGCUUCAGCAGCAGCCUUCGUCGUUGUCAUCGUUCUCCUCUCCUCGCAUCAACCUAGGCCUCGGCCUCCCGGCGAUAGAACUGGUCAAGUACCUAUCGCCGUACGCCGUGGUACAAGCACUGUGCCUUGCAUACUGGAACGGAGAACUUGAACAGCACUUUGUUAGUCAGUCGUCUCUGGCGGGUCGAGUCGAGGAGGCCGAAGCAGGUGGAGGCGCCCAACGGAUUGUGAUACUGGCGAUGGUGAGUAUGCUCUCCGCGUCGGCGUUAAAUGUAGCAUCUUUCGAAGCGAAUCGUCGUUGUGGGGCAUUGAGUAUGGGUGUCGCUGGGAACAUGAAACAGGUGGCCAUUCUGUUGGUGGCGAGCUUGAGGCGGCGCGACGGUCGCCAUCACCAGGUAGUUCCGGAAUGGAGGGUCGUGUUGGGUACGUUGAUGACCACCGCCGGGGGCAUGUGGUACGCUUGGGCUACUAGGAUUAUGAAGGAUCGCACGUACAGCUAGACUCGUCAAAGUCAGUCUAAGGAGAGGGUCCGUCUUUACGCACGCUCACACAGAGUCAAAGAAAAGGCCGUCAUGGCUGCUCAGAUUGCAAAUUGUCUUUUGGCAAGAAGGUCGACAUCGGGUAUGUCAUACAUGCUCUCACAGC